AAGUUUUUGGAUUAUUUCUAAGGAACAGAGCAAGUAAAAAAAUGACAGAAAAUGACAGGUGCACAAAUGUAGAGAAAUAUGCCGGUGAAAUUAAGGGUGGACUGAGGCCAACUAUGAAAAUCACUAUCAUGGGCAUGAUAUAUCCUAGUCCGAAAAGUUUUUCAGUGGCUUUGCUUUGUGACCCCAAGGAUGAUCACACAACCAGGGAUACUGGAUUAUUACUUGUAGUCAGCUUUAGUGAGAAAUCCAUUGUGCGGAAUUCGCAAAUUGCUGGGAAAUGGGGCAAGGAGGAAAAGACCAUUCCCUACUUCCCAUUUACAGCAGAGGACUCAUUUAAGAUGGAACUUUUAUGUGAACAUCAGCAAAUCCGAAUCCUGCUUGAUGGGCGUCAGUUGUGCAGUUUCAGUCACCGCGUGCAGCCCAUGCAAAGGAUGACUAUUUUGCAAAUCUCAGGCGACCUCAAGCUUACCAAGGUGGCUUGA